GUGCGGUUUAUAAUUUUGUAUGAGAGAAAUACGUGCAUAAAAUAAGUUGUUAUUGAUUAAAUUAGAAGGACUUGCAGUGUACAGGCAGUCGAGAGUGCACCGCAAAGCUGUACGAAAGGGACAGCCAUGAAUUUCAACGAUGAUGACGGACUGGAGCUGCAGCAUUUGGCGGGCGGCAACAUUGUGAAACAUGCGCCUGUUUUCUCAGCUCAAGGAAGAUUCAUCUUUGUGCGAUGUGGGCUAAAGGUGCAGGUGUUUGUUACCAGCACCGGAGAACUGACACGUGAACUAAACGAUGCACAAUCGCCGCUAAUCAGUUUGGAGCUGGAUGUCCAACAGCCGGAGUUGCUACUGGGCUGCACUAGUACGGGCCAACUGCUCCGUUGGCAUUGGCGAACCGGUGUACUGCAAAAGAACAUCAGCCUGAAACUGGGUGAACAGGGCUUGCAAAUCCUCACGUGCAAUCUGCUCAAUCUGUACAAAGAGGGCGACACCGCGUGCGCCUUUGUCACAGCUAAACGGAAAAGUGGCGAACAGAUACUCUGGUUUGUGGUCAAUACCAGCACCGGCAACGUCAUCCCCAUUAAAUGUGGCCUCAAACUAAAAGUUCGGGUCCCCUUGGUGGAUGUGGGCAAGGGCACUUUCAAGUUUGUAAUAAUAGCACAGGGUUAUUAUGUUUACUUUCUCAACUAUGAGACAUGGAAAUUCUGUCGAUAUAAAAACACACACACAGCGCUCGUAACGUGUGUGCGGAUGAGUCCCUGCGAGGAAAUGGCCGCGACUGGCGAUGAGAAGGGCCGGGUUAUCAUCUGGCGACAGUUUGACAAUCAGGAGCGAGUGCUGUGCGCAGAACAUCACUGGCAUAAUACGGGUGUGACGAGUAUUGCCUUCACGCCGUCGGGCGUAAGUUUCUAUAGUGCUGGCCAUGAGGCUGUGCUGGUCAAAUGGUCGCUGGCCAAUUCGAACGAGCGAAAUUUUGUGCCGCGCAUGUCGAGCAUUAUCCGGCACAUCUUGAUCAGCGAUGGCAAUGAGCAUGUGCUCGCCUGCACCGACGACAAUGCCCUGCAUUUUAUCAGCCCCAGCGAAAUGAUGCUGAAAUCGGCGCUUCAACAUUUCACCUAUGCUUUGCCGGACAAGACGGGCAAAACUUUGUUCCCCAUCGGAUUGAGUCUUAAUCCACGCACAAACACACUUGUGCUCAACGGACGCAUCGGACAUUUGCAGUUCUACUCGGCCUAUACGAAGAGUUUGCUUUAUAAUCUGCGUGUGGUGGAGAGCAAUGUGAACUCUCAGGAAGCGAAACGGAUUAUUUAUAAUACGUGCGUCACACGGGCAGCCUUCAACAUUGACUGGAUGGCAACGGGUGAGGUGUACAACGAUCACCGCAACUUUGCCGAGUUGCGUCUCAAAUUUUGGCAAUAUCAGGAGCGAUUACAAAGUUACAAGCUCAACACAAACAUUGAGCUGCCGCAUGAGCAUGGCUUCCAGGCCAUCAUCUUCUCCAAUCAGUUUCAGGUGAACAAUUUGCGCUGUGCAACGGCCGGCAAGGAUAAUGUGAUCAAACUGUGGACAGUUGGCGAUUCGGAGAACAUUUACAAGCGCGGCACAAUGUGGAGCUGUGCAGCGCAGGCGAGCUACAAGCGACAGUCUCUGGGCUCUAUUUGCUUCUCGCAAGACGGAUCACUGCUGGCCGCUGGCUAUGGCAGCACACUGGUGUUGUACGAUGCACGCACGUUGCGGCUGCUGCAUGCGUUGAGCUCAUCGGCUGGCUAUGAUGGUGUUGUGGCCAAGGCUCAGUUGCGUCUAGCCCAGAUGCCGGUGAAUGGUACGCGCACGGAACUGCAGCAGCAGCGCCAACAGCUGUACGGACUGCUGCAAACGCUGCUCGACAGCAACGAUCAGAAGCUGGUGAAGCAGGCUCGCCAACUGAUUGCCAGUGCGCCGAGCAGUCAAUGCAAAUCAAGCAAUGAGCAGACGCCGAAGGAUGCGAUCAAGGAGAAUGUGUACAAGCAUAUUAUGCAAAUGUCCGAGUUGGGUUUGCAUCAGAAGCUGCAGCUAUUGCGUCGCUUUGGCAUUGAGUGCACCGUUCAUGAGGCCUGUCACCGACGACUGCGGAUGCAUCUGCAGAACUGUGUGGUGGAUCCAAUGGCGGUGCAGCGUCGCCUGAAAACGCUUGAGGCGCGUCUGCAUCGGUUGCAGCCGCGACAACGCUUCAAGGCGAAACAGCGUCUGGCACGUCUCAGCAGUCGGCGGAAAAACUACGAGCAACUGGUCAGACAGGAGCUGCUGCCGCUGUUCAGUGUACUCCAUCUGGAUGAGACGACCAAACCGACAGCAGCAACAGCUGCAGCAACGAAACGCAAACGCUGGGAAACGAAACCGGCGAAAGCGCCGCAAAUGGAGUCAGCACCUCUGCAGAGCUGUGCGCAAAUUUCACACGUGCAAUUUGGUGCCGGGGCGCAGGCGCAUCUGGUGGCCGUCUGCACCGAGACGCGUGUGCUCAUCUGGAAUCUGAUGACGUUGCGUUUGCAGGCGGGUCUCAAGCUCUCCGUGCGACAAUUGGCCUUUGAUCCGCUCACCAAUCUGAUAGCUGCCAUUACGCGCAACGAUGAACUGCAUGUCUUCCAGCCAAAUGUACCACUGCCUGUCUAUCAGCGCUGCAAUUUGCCCAAGUUGCACGGCCUGGUGUGGUUGCCACGACGCCAGCCCAAACAGAGCUCCAUCAAUGUGGAUUGGCAGGCGCAGUCGACGCUGCACAUGCUCACCCACGACAAGGAGAUUGUCUAUCUGGCCCAGCCCGGUCACAGCACAAUGGAUGAUGCGCUCGCGCCCAUUUCCUUUGCCCAGCCACCAGUCGCGGAACAGCUGCUGCAAUAUGCAACAUUUGGCAGUUUUGUGGCCAAACAGAAGUCGGGCGAGAAAAUAGAGAUUGCCAAGACCAGCGGACCACUGAUUGUGGGGCGUGGAGUGCAUAGCUCAGUGAAUGCGUUGGUCAAUUUGUCCGCCCAUACGAUGCCUGCGAUGAGCCUGAUCUGCGGCGAAUUCGUCAAAUCGCUCUUAACGCCAGCUGAGAGCACAAUCAGACACAACGCAGCUAUUGAAGAGACGCUCAGCAAUGGUAGAUUAAAUGGCAAUGGGAUCGCUCACGAGGACAGCGACUUGGAGCAAGACGAGGAGCACAAAGAGGAUGGGGUCGUGUAUGAUAAGGUGGCAAGCGAAGAUGUGCGCAAAACAUUGCUGGAGCAGAACACAGUACUGGAACAGCAGAGCAACAGCCAGGAGGAUGAGCAUCUAUCGCUGGACGCUCGAUUGAAGAGUGUCACUCAACUCGAUGUACACCUGGAGUUUUAAAUGUAGAAUUAUUACAGACUUACAGACUAUUUUAGAUGAUGAGAGAAAACAAUCGAGCAUUCAGACAGUUCAGCUAUCGUAAUUACUUACAUAAUAUAUUGACCAUAGUUGUUGAAGUACAUUUUAUGCGAAAAGCUCUAUUAAAUAUAAACUAAAUGCACUUA